AAUGUGUUCGUUUUUUCGUCUAUCAAUUCAUUUCUUCAUCUACUUCUACUACUACUGAUCUAUAUGCUCCAUAAUAUUCAAUCAAUUCUUCAAUUUUUACUAUUCGUAUCAUCAGUUCAAGCUUUAGAAACUGGAGGUUUAAAAUCGAAACCGCCGAAUUUGAAAUUGUUGGAAUGUUUCGAGUUUAAGAAGAAUUAUUGGAUUGUUGGGCAUGCUUUUCAUACUUCUUCUGUACAGUUCAAAGACGAAUGCCUCCGCAUGUGCCUGACAUCUUCAAUUCGAAAGGCGAAAUGCCUAUCAGCAAUGCAUGUGCCUAAUGAUGAUGAAUGUGUGAUUUCAGAUCAAAAUCAGGUAACAAAACCCGAUCUAUUCAUCGAAAAUGACACGCCAGGAACCUUUACUGUCAACUUUUUCCGCAACAUUUGUGUGGACCCACCAGAUGCGGAAGGAGUGGACCGGUUUGAAGCUCGCCUUCAGGGUUAUAAAGGUGGAGAAGGAAUCAUCGAAUUUGCGCAGGCAGUGGGGAAAAAUACUCAAGUGAUGGUGGUUAUUUCUGGGCUCAAAGAAAAUUCGCUCUACGAGAUCAAUUUCCUGCCUGACACGAAAGAGAAAGGUGGUCAGUGCCACCGGAAAUCGCGGGUAAAUGGUGAGGGAAAGACUCUGAUGAUCGUAGAAACAGAUCAUACUGGUAUGGCAGUUGAACCAUGGAAGGUUAUUGAUUUCGAUGGGUUUGAAGAGAAUGUGAUUAGCAAGACAAUAGUCGUCGUUGAAAAGUCAACUCAAACAAUAGUGGAUUGCGGGUCAAUUCGUCUUGCAACUGCUUCUUCAAACUCAUCAACAACACGAACUUCAUCCUCAACAGGGCUUAAAUUCACAACGGGUCUUCUCAUCAUUCUCGUCGUCUUUCUUUUUCUGUAACCAGCUUGUAGAUAUAUAAAUGUAUGUAUUAAAAAAAUUAUUAAAAGUAUGUAUACAUAGAUUAAUAAAUUACGGGGAGUCAAUAUUA